CCUUCGAAGAGAUAAAAUGGAAAAGGAAAGCAUUGAAGAAAUAGGAAUUGCAAACGUUCAUAGAUCAUUCAGCUGGAGCGCAAGAUUAUUAAAAUGCAUGGGAAUUUGGCCAUUGAAAAAUUACGUUCCACUGUUUCUCUUCUUCUUCACAUAUCUUUCCCUUCAUUGUUUUCUAACAUUCGCACAUUUGUUCUUGGCUCCAAAAACAAUGGAAAACGUUGUACCGAACAUAGCAGAGAAUAUGCUAAUAACGAUGACACUAACGAAAAUAACAAUUGCUCGAAUGAACAGAGAAGCAUUGCGUAAAUUAUUCAUGGAUAUUAAAGAGUAUUCGCUCAAUGAAAAAUAUGAAACUAAAGAAGAGAAAUUGACAUUCUUGCAUUAUACUAAAUUACCCCCAAGAUUUAUUGUAAUAUCGGCAUGUUCAAUGACACUAUCCGAUACAUUAUAUUAUAUAACUCGACUUGCCGAUGGAAUUCAAAUGGCAAAGCUAAACAAUUACACGAGUUAUCAGUUGCCGUACAAAACAUUACAAAUCAUCGAUUUAAGUGACAUCAGGAUUUACGCUUUGAUUUGUGCUUAUCAAAUAUUAUUCGUACCUUGUGUCGUAUUAGGUUACGUAGGAUUUGAUUGCAUGUUCGUCAAUUUGUCCAUUCAAGUAAUUGCACAGUUCUCCAUAUUGUCCUAUAAGGUGAAGACAGUAUUGAAUAAUUCUAAAAAUCAUCAUGAAGGUAUGAAGAGACUUGUACUACGACAUUAUCGACUGAUAAGAUUUUCAGAAGGAUUGGAAGAUAAUUUUAACUUCGUGAUUAUGCAGCAACUUUUGGGUACUACCAUUCAUAUCUGCAUUUCCGGUUACUUCCUGAUGACGAGUCCAGAAACGAAUGACAAUGUAACAUCGUUCCUAUUCGUUGUAUACAUAUUUUCCGUGACAAGUACACUUUUUAUUUACUGUUUUAUCGGCGAAUGUUUCAUUCAGGAAAGUACCAAUUUUGGUAACGCCAUUUAUAAUUACGAAUGGUACGACUUACCUGCAACGGACUCGAAAUUUUUUCUUAUUUGUAUGAUAAGAACGAAGAAGCCGCAAUUCUUAACAUCUGGCAAAUUUGCCAUCUUGUCCUUGACCGUCUUCACGGACAUCGUCAAAACUUCGAUGGGAUAUUUAUCGGAAAACAAAUGGUUUGCCUAUACGUCGUUCACUUAUAUUGGCGUUAUUAAAUAUGGAAAAACAAUUUUAAUACGAUCGAUCAAAACUUUCAGUUCCUUUCUUCGUGAAAAAAAUUUAUUAUCAAAUGUAAGAGAAUUGUACCAGUUGAUAUUUUUCUUAAAAAAUCUGACCGAUUAUAUCUGA